CGCUUUUUUGAUUUUAAUUGACAUCUUUACUUAUCUAAUUUACAACCAAUUGAUUAAUUGUUAACUCGGUUCCCUUCCACACAGUUAUAAGUGAUGCCUGGCAUUCUAGAAUUAAACAGUCCAACCGAAACAGUUAUGGAGCUUAUGUCGCCAAAUGAUAGUGUUAAAGGCAUUCCUGCUUUAGAAAAUGAUGAUGAGCCGAAAGCGCGUAAUAAGAUGAAAAAGGAACUGGGUCUUCUGGAAGGAUGUGCGAUCAUUCUAGGAAUUAUUUUUGGAUCAGGCAUUUUCAUCUCACCAAAGGGAGUCAUUCAGGAAGUUAACGCGCCUGGUACAUCUUUAGUGAUUUGGACAUUAUGUGGUAUACUGUCAAUGAUCGGAGCACUCUGUUAUGCUGAAUUGGGUUGCUGUAUUCCGAAAAGUGGUGGCGAUUACAUGUACAUAAAUGAGGCUUUUGGUGACUUGCCAAGUUUCCUUUACAUAUGGGAUGCGACAGUGAUUUUUGUACCCGCCACAAACGCAAUUAUGUCCCUUACAUUCGCAAAUUACGUACUACAACCAUUCUAUCCCGGUGAAUGUAAAGUGCCUGAACUAGCGUCACAAUUAUUGGCAGCAGCUACAAUAAUCGGUUUGACAUUCCUUAAUUCCUACAAUGUUAAGGCAACGACGAAGAUGCAAAAUAUAAUUAUGUUUACGAAAAUUGCAGCACUUGUGACAAUCAUUAUUGUUGGCAUCACUUACAUGUCAUUUGGACAUACGGAGAAUUUUGACAAUGCAUUUGAGAAUUCAGAAACUGAUCCAGGAAAGCUAGCUGUUGCUUUUUACUCUGGUAUAUUUUCAUAUGCUGGAUGGAACUAUCUUAAUUUUAUGACUGAGGAACUUCGUGAUCCUUACAAGAAUCUACCUCGAGCAAUUUAUAUUAGUUUACCAUUAGUCACUGUGAUUUAUGUGCUUGCUAAUGUAGCAUAUCUAGCUGUACUUACGCCACAAGAAAUGAUUGCAAGUAAUGCAAUAGCUGUAACAUUUGGUGAUAAAGUCCUUCAAUAUGGCUCAUGGAUAAUUCCAAUUAUGGUCGCAAUAUCAGCUUUUGGUGGACUUUCCGUACAUAUCAUGACAAGUUCGAGAAUGUGUUUUGUAGCUGCUCGUAAUAAGCAUAUGCCUGAAUUACUAAGUUUUAUUAAUGUUAAGCGAUUCACACCGACACCUUCACUCGUAUUUCUGUGCUUAUUAAGCCUGCUGUACUUAUUCAUUAGUGAUGUCUAUGUCCUCAUUACAUACUCGAGUGUUGUUGAGACAUUCUUCAUAAUGCUUAGUGUUACUGGUGUCCUUUAUUUCCGAUGGACACGACCUGACAUGCCACGUCCAAUAAAAGUGAAUAUUUUAGUUCCAAUCACAUUUGUGAUUAUUUGUAUAUUUUUAAUUCUCGUUCCCAUUUAUCAAGUGCCAGCGGAAGCAGGCAUGGGAUGUCUUAUAACACUCAUGGGAAUUCCAUUUUAUAUCGCUGGAGUUGCAUGGAAAAAUAAGCCAAAGAGUUUUCAAGAUAAAAUCGAUAAUUUUACGAUAAAAAUGCAAAAGUUAUUCAUGAGUGCCAAAGAGGAAGAGGACAAUGAGUAAAUGUGAAUAGUUUGUGUGAAUUUUGACCAUAAUUCAGUGUUGUCCAGACAUUAAAAUUCUUUAAACGUGAUAGAUUUGGAUGAAAAUUUAGGGAAAUUUAAUAGAAAUUCUAAUUCGUGUACAAAAAUUGCUCAAUACGUAAAGUUAGGUGACGUUUAGACAGCACUGCUUUAUUGAGGUUCGCGAAAUGUUAACAAUUCAAUCAGAUUUGGCCUUUUAAGACCUCAAUAAUUGCCUAAUAUUAUUCAAGGGAUUAAAAUUGUUUGAAUGGGAAGGAUUUGAGCCACGUGUCAAAUUUUGGGCUGUUGUACAGUUCUAUUCUAGUUCUAAAAGGAUUUGUAAGGUUUCACU